UGGGUGUUCUCAAACUGCACUUUGCAGAACUCUGAGUGCGGUCGCGGGGUGGAAGGUUCAGGUUUCACCCUCCGGAGACCUCGAGCCUCUGCAGCGCCUGGUCGCUCGCGGAAGAGCGUUUGCAAGCGGCGGUCGCGCGCUCUCCCUGCUCUCCACCGAGAGGCUGUGCGACGCGGCUGGCCGAACCAGGAGGCGGCGAUCCGGGCUGGGCCGGGACUUCCUUCCUCCGGGGAGGGACAACAGACACCUCCCCACCCCACCCCCGACAGCCCACACCGAGCUCCUGGCAGCCAGCGGUGCUAGCGUGCAGCGAUGGGCUCCCUGCUGAGCAGCGACAGCUCCAAGUCCGCGCCCGCCUCCGCCACCCCGCGGUCCCUGGAGCGCAGCGGGGACACCGAGCUGCCCAUCACCUCCUUCGACUGCUCGGUGUGCCUGGAGGUGCUACAUCAGCCGGUCCGGACCCGCUGUGGCCAUGUAUUCUGCCGAUCCUGUAUUGCAACCAGUAUAAAGAAUAAUAAAUGGACGUGUCCAUACUGCCGGGCAUACCUUCCUUCAGAGGGAGUGCCAGCAACUGACGUAGCCAAAAGAAUGAAAUCAGAGUACCAGAACUGUGCUGAGUGUGGGAGUCUGGUUUGCCUCAGUGACAUGAGGACACACAUAAGGACAUGUGAGAAGUACAUCGAUAAGUACGGGCCGCUGCAAGAACUCGGAGAGACGACAACAAGGUGUGUGUGUCCGUUCUGUCAGAGGGAACUGGAUGAAGGCUCUUUGCUGGACCAUUGCAUUACCCACCACAGAUCAGAAAGGAGGCCUGUGUUCUGCCCUCUUUGCCAUUUACUACCUAGUGAGAGCCCAAGUACCUUCAACGGCAGCUUAAUCAGACAUUUGCAAGUCAGCCAUGCUCUGUUUCAUGAUGAUUUCCUAGAUUUUGAUAUAAUCGAGGAAGCCCUUAUCCGAAGAGUGUUAGACCGAUCACUUCUCGAAUAUGUGAAUCACUCAAACACCACAUAAUUUUAUAAGGGACGAUUCACUUGUACCAUUUAAGAUGCUGCUUGAAGGACUAGAGGGAAACCGUCAGUGUUUGAUGACGAAAAAUGUACCACAGUGUUACAAGCUUGUCUUUGUUAAGUUGCAUUCCAAAACUGCUUUUGUUUUGGUUUAGAUCUGCCUUUACAUUCUUGAGUUUCUUAGACAUUUAGCCACAGGCAGUAGUCUCCAUAAGCUGUUAACAGAUGGAAGAGGCACAGACUGAGUAUGUGAUGAAGGAGGUCAGAUGCACAUUGGUGACACUGUGCACAAUGCUACGUGUUCAUAACUAUCACCAUGGCUAGGCAAGACAACCAAUCUCUGUUCUAUACAAAAGGAUGGACCAAAAUAUGUGGACUAAAGGAAAGCGAAAAUGCACUCAAAUCCUAAUGCUCUAAUCUCCAAUAAAGGAAUGUGAAUAAUCUUACAUGGAAGGAGGAAAGGGAAGAAUUUGAACGCAACAGAAUCGAUUUUUAACCAAAUUACAGUACAUAAUAUUAUAAGGAAUUUUGUCUUUGGAAUGUGUACUUAGCUGGACAUAGUGGUGCUUGCCUGCAACCCAAGUAUUUGGGAGGCAGAAGGAUCAGAAGGGCAAGGCCAGCCUUGGCUGAUGAGACCAUAAAAACAUUAAAAACAGAAAAAAGAAAAAUUUAUGUGGACUUAACUAUUGACAUAUCAUAUAUGCACAUAUAAAAAUUUGAUAGAAUUUUUUCAAAUAUUUGUACCUUAUUAUUUAGAAGUAUUUUAUAAUAUAGGUGAUUUCUUUAGACCUAUCUGUUAAUAUUUGUGGUCGAAAUUUUCACAUUGGUAAUUUUGAGUGGAACUCCCAAGCUUUGUUUUUAAUUUUAACAUCUUAAAAAGUAUAAAAUAAAGCACACAAAAUGUAUAGCUUAAUGUGUUAUUAUAAGAAACAUUAUUGCUCAUGGAUGGUGACAUAUGUAUGCCUGGGAGGCAAAGAAGUAUUGCUUCAAGUUCAACGCCAACCUGGGCUACAUAGUUGUAAGGCCUGCUUGGGCUGUAGAGUGAGACCUGGUCUCAUUAUGAACUCAUGUAUUUAGACACCCAGGAAUGGACAUCCAUCCUUUGUUGAGGUUCAGCUUCUCUUUUCUUUGCCAUUCCUCAAAGGCUGGCUGAGUCCUUUGAACAUUUUGUUACUUUGCUUGCUGUCUCCUAUGGUGAGAGCCUCCAUGCGGAACUUGUGUUUGCCGUUAUGCCUCUAAAACCACCCUUUCUCUGAGAAGCCAGCUUUCUUUCUGUGUGGGAUGGUAUUCCAAAGCUGGGAAUGGUAGCCCAUGCCUGUCAGGAGUUUCUGUUGUCAAGCUCUUCCUCAGCUGCAUAGCAAGGUGGAGGACAGCUGACACAAGGCCUUUUUCAUUCCAGGAGGGCUCCAAGGGUAGCUACUGUUGACUACACAAGACCUUUUUCAUUCCAGGAGGGCUCCAAGAGUAGCUACUGUUGUUGAGGUGGCCAUUGUUUCAAGGAGAGAGCUCGGAAACAGCUGUAUGUUUGUUUAAAGAGAGAAUACCUCAUGGCCAGACAUGGUGGCCAUGGUAGUCCAGGAUGGCUGCUAACUUGAGACCCUCUUGCUCUAGCAUCCUGUUAGUAAGGAUACAGGUGUGUGUUCCCAUGCCUGGAAGUUAUUUCCCAUUUUCAAAAUUAGCUUUACUGUGCCAGUGUUUUUUGUUUUUUGUUUUUUUUGUUAUGUUCUACUCUCUCCCUUUUACAACCCCCCUCCCCAGUUCUUCAGGUAAUAUGUAUAUAUUAUUACUGGAGUUUUUCACAUUUGAUACUUUUGGGGGGGGAGUUGAAACAGGGUUUCUCUCUGUAGCUUUGGAGCUGUCUUGGAACUCUCUCUAUAGACCAGGCUGGCCUUGAACUUACAGAGAUCUGCCUGCCUCUGCCUCCCGAGUGCUGUGACACAUUUGAUUCUUCAGUGACACUGAUUAGAAUUACCAUCUUGAAAUGAAAAAUGUAACCAAAACUUUGGCCAUGGACUCCUGAGGGUGAAAUGUUAUUUGACUUAAAUUAGCUAGCGGGCUGGUAAGAUGGCUCACUAGGUAAAGGCUCUUGCUGCCAAGUCUGACAAUCUGAGUUUGAUCCCUGUGACCACAUCUGUGAAAGGGAGCUCCCACACACAAAUAAAUGAGCAUAACACAACUUUAACUGUAAUAAUUUAUAAGCAUCAUUCAUUACACAUCGACAUUGUCAUAAUCAUGGUACCAUGGCUUCUUCCCCCUUUUUUUGAGACAGGUUCUCAAUAUGUAUACCUGGCUGGUCUGGAACUCACUGUGUAGGGCAGACUGGCCUUGAACUUUAGGUGAUCUUCCUGGUUCUACCUGCUGAGAUUUAUAUGUGGUCCUCUAGUUUCUAAACUUUCGGUAAUGAAUUUUUCCACGACUGCUUUGAUAUUGCUACUGUUUUCCCACCCAGGACAAGUUCACUUGGGGGAUAUAAAGCCAGGGAGGAAAAGGGCUUCAGGACAUACCUUUCAUUCGUUCAUUUGUCUUUCAGUGUUAGAUUAAACCCAGGAAGUGAUGUGCACAGGCCAGUGCUGACCCAGGAAGUGAUGUAAAUCAGGUCAGUGCAUAUGCUAAUUUAGAACCAUCAAGUUGUUACACCUCUAAGUAAGUUAAAAAACCCAUUCUGGGGUCUGGAGAAAUGGCUCAGUGGUUAAGAACACCAGCUGCUGUUCUAGAAGAUGCUGGUUCAAUUCCAGCACCCACAUGGCAUUCACAACUGUAACUCCAACUCCAGGGCAUCCAACACCCUCAGACAUGUAUGUAGGCGAAACACCAAAGCACAUAAAAUAAAAAGCAAAACAACCUAUUCUGGAUAACCAAGAUGGCUCAGCAGGUAAAAUGUUCUUGCAAUUCUGGCCCCCAAGUUUAUCUGAGCCCCAGCAGCUGAUGGUGGAAGGACGACUCAGGAAAGUUGUCUUUCCAUUUUUGCACACGCACUGUGGCAUGCUCAUGCUCACAUCAGCACACAUAAAAAUAGCGAAUGAUGCCGGGUGUUGGUGGCGUGCGCCUUUAAUCCCAGCACUCGGGAGGCAGAGACAGGCGGAUCUCUGUGAGUUCGAGGCCAGCCUGGUCUACAGAGUGAGUUCCAGGACAGUCUCCAAAACAAUACAGAGAAACCCUGCCUUGAAAAACCAAAAAAAGAAAAAAAGAAAAAAAAGAAACCCAACAGCUGAAUUCCAAAUUGGGCAUGGCAACUCAAGUCUGUAAUCCCAGCACUUGGGAAGUAGAGGUACAAAGAUGAGAAGUCUGAGGCCAGGCUCGGCUACAUAGCUAGUUUAGGCCAGCCUGGGGUUACAUGAACUGUCUCAAAAACCAAAACCCUAUGUUGUAAGCACUAAGUUGAAGUCAUUACUAACAGUGUGUGGAUAGACUCAGAAUUCUACAUGAGCUUUGUUGGUUUGCUUGUUUUUUAAUUUUACCAUCUAUAGGAUAAAUUCGGUGCUGGCCACCUGGGUUAUUUUGUGUUCUGAAUUACUGCAGUUUGAAAGUAACAUGCAAAUAUUCUUUCACUGUGCUUUUUACCUUUUUAUAGAAAGGAGUCUGUAAUUCAUUGCUUUAAAAAGUAAAAAGCGGUAUUCGUGUGUUUUUUUUGUAAAUACUGUCUUAUGUUACAACUUUAUCAAGGAAAGAGAUUCAGUGAUAUUCCAAUGAUUCUAAAACUCAGUUCUAAACUGCAUGGAAAGUGGAUUCAUUGCAGAUCAGCGGCAGAGAGUUAGCACUCCUAAGGCCCCCUUGACUACGGUAAUGUUGGUUCCUUACAGUUACUGGCUAUUUUAUGUGUGUUUCAUUUCAAAGUGAGCUUACUCCAGUUUUUGAAUGUUCAUUAUAUGAUAAUUUGUAUGCUCAUACAUUGAAGUUAUUUUUUAAGUACUAAGAGAUUCAUUCUUUCAUUGUUCAAAUUGUAAAAAGAACUUCUGAUCAGAACUUAAAAUGUAUAAUUCUUUUUCUUUUGAAAACUGUAUUAUUAUGAAAAAUAAAGAAUGGCAGGACCAUUGCUUUCAUUAAGAUA